AUGCCUUACAACAUGGCCAACGUGUACCAGGCUGGACGUAUAUCGUCGGAACCUCAACUACAAGGGAAGGAGUUUGACAUAUCGCUGGCGGCAGAUGAUCCCUUCGCUCAAUAUCAGAAGGCACUGGAUGUCCUAGAGGCGGACGCCAUGGCAAAGUGGAGACUGGCGCGGGCGGAUGAGGUUCGAUACCCCGAAAGGACCCCAAAGGACCUCGAGAGGACCUCGGACUUUGAGUGCAUAGGAGAACGCGAUUUACUAUGUUACAGUUAA